CCCGCCCAUGUCCCACGAAUAGACAGUCUUCCUCCGCAAACGAGUCCCCCAAUACGCAAUUCAACAGUGGCUCCUUACCCCGAGCACACCCCACUUCAGAUGUUAAUUUUUCAUCACCGCAAGCGCAAGCAAAACAAAAUAUUUCUUUACAAAUGUAAAGCCCGCAGCCGCCUAUAAAUUUCUGUGGAAUCGCUUCAUCUCGUUCUGGUGUAUUGCUUUCAACCGCUCUUCUUGAAAUUCAGGAUUCAUUUGGUAAUUUUCACAAAGUUCGAGCACUUAUUGACAGUGGUUCCGAGACAAAUUACAUAUCAGAAAAGUGUUUUAAAAAACUACAUUUGGCGCGAUUCGAAUCGUCCUUGAAAAUUCAAGGUUUGAAUCAAAUGGAGGAAUAUACUACAAAAGGUGAAGUUUCUUGCUCUAUCAAACCGAUUGGUACCUCCAACCCAAUAUUGAAUAUUGAUGCUUACAUUUUACCAAAAAUAUGCACAGAUAUGCCACCUCGCACUCUGAAACAUACGCACCAUGACCAUAUAAAAAUCUAUUUUUUACUGAUCCUAAAUUUUAUGAACCCGGUCCAUUAGAUUUAUUAUUAGGUGCUGAAAUUUUUGCUCUCAUUUAACUUAACAAUCAUAUUUCAGGCGAAAGGAAUGAACCGAUCGCAAUAAAUACAAUUUUCGGUUACGUAUUAAUCGGAAAAUAUACGGAGUUGAACUCUUCAUCUACUAUCGCUACAACUUUAUUUUGUUCUACGGCACAAACAGAUUUGUUCAAUUCGAAUAAGAUGCUUUCGCACUUCUGGGAAAUUGAGGAGAUUCCUAGAGAAAAAAUGAUGUCUCCAGAAAAUGAACUCUGCGAGAAAAUAUUUCGAGAAACACACUCACGUGACGCUACUGGUAGAUAUAUUCUAGAGCUUCCAUUCAAAAAUAUUAAUGAACCGCUUUUUGACAUCACAGAAUGUCGCGCUCUUGCUACAAAACGUUUUUUGUCCCUUGAAAAUAGGUUGUACGCAAAUAAGGAAUUACAUCGCGAAUAUUCAAAAAUAAUUGUUGAUUAUUUAAAAGAAGGUUUUCUCAAACCUGUCCCUGACAACCUACUUCUCCAAAAUGGUUUUAUAAUACCACAUCACGUGGUAGUGAAACCAAGAAAGGUCCGCAUAGUACUAGACGGCAGUUUCAAAAUUAGAGGCAACCAACCGUCGUUAAAUGAUACGCUUUUGAUUGGUCAAAAGCUUCAAAAGGAUAUUGGUCAAAUUCUAUUAAAUUUUCGUCUUGGUAAUAUAACAUUCACUUGUGAUAUUCACUCUAUGUUCACUAUGCUUAAAGUAGCUGAAAAGCAUCAAACUUUUCAGAGAAUUUUAUGGAGAAAUUCCAAAUGCGAACCUAUCCGCGAGUACAUGUUUGAGAGAGUGAUUUUUGGGUUGUCUUGCUCUCCAUUUCUUGCGAAUCGAACCAUCCUUCAGUUAGCACAAGAUGAACGCGACAACUACCCCUUGGGAGCUCGAAUUUUAGAACAUUCGACUUACGUUGAUGAUUGUUGUUCAAGUUUCAAUUCAUUUCAGGAAGCAAAGAUAACUCGCGAUCAACUGAUUGCAAUACUGAAAAAAGGCGGCUUUGAACUAGGAAAAUGGUCGAGUAAUACUAAGAAACUACUUUUAGAUAUUCCAGAAUCGCAACUUCAAACAAGUUUAGUUAACUUCGACAGAGAAUCGCAUAUCUUAAAAAUGUUGGGUCUUCAAUAGUUUCCACAAGAUGACAUAUUUUGUUUCACAGUCAAUACCACAGAAUGCAAAUGCAUCAAACGGAAUAUUUUAAGUCAAA